UUCACGAUUGUUCCCAUCGUCAUAUUCACGUCAAAGGUAAACUUAACGAGUCGGUAAUGUAUGGUUGUGAAGUCGGAAUGCGCCGAGGCCGACUAACUAUUGGCACAUUAAAAAUAACCGUCCGAGGAUUAGACACGCAUCAAACUCUGAAGAAAAUGAGCAGCCAUGAAGCGCGGCGGCCGCUCGAGCAGCGACCUUCGGGUUUCACUGCAGCGGCGCAAAAGUGUGGCAUUCCGUCACGUCGGGCCGUGGUGACGUGUCGCGUAGAGAAAUGCGGCCGAAUUUGCGACGAUUCGUUUGACACAAUGCCGGUUCAUCGGCACUGGUCCCUACCUACGCGGGCGGCGGCGGCCCGUCCGCGGAGUCGUCUUCACAGGUGCGUAAGCGCAGGCCGCAGGUAAACCCGCCACCUCCCCCGCCCGACGCCGCGCACCCGCAUCGCCGCACCGCCCCCCUCUGCACACACCCCGUCGCGCUCCGGCCAUCUUGAAUUCCGCUCACUCAGACCCGCGCCCGUCUCGCGGCCAGCGCACGUACACAGCCGAGCAGCAGUGAACAAUAACCCAAUCAGUGUUUUUGUGUGAUACAGUGUCAUGUUGUGAUAGUGCAGUGUCGAAAUGGAAUCGACGCCGAUAUGCCGGUGCCGAGUGCUGUACCUCGGCUCCGCGGUCCCGCAGCAGAGCAAGGACGGUCUGCAGGGCAUCCAGGAACCUUUACGCGAGUUGUAUCCGGAAAAGGGAGCGACGAGCGGCGGCAUAGACUCGUGGCUGUCGGUCUGGUCGAACGGAAUCUUACUGGAGAAUGUGGACGAGAGCGGGUCGCGGGUGGCGAGGUUUUUCCCCAUAUCGAGUUUGCAUUAUUGCGCGGCCGUGCGCCGAGUGACGGUGGAGGGCGCGCCGCGGUUCCUGCCCCUAGACUCGCCGUUCGCGCGCGCGCCUGCGCCGCGACGCCCGCCCUUGUUUGCGGCCGUGCUGCGACGCACGCAGGGCAUCAAAGUGCUGGAGUGUCACGCGUUCAUAUGUCGGCGUGAGGCGGCCGCCAACGCGCUAGUUAGGUGUUGUUUCCACGCGUACGCAGACAGUUCAUACGCGAAGCGGCUGGAAGCGGAGCGGUCACCUCCACAGCUGCCGCCCGAGCCUGAGGAGGAACUCGAGGUGUACGACGGCGACGAGAACCACAAAGUGUGGGUCGGAGAGACCGAGCGCGACGACGCCAGCGACGACAUUCCUCAGCCAACACGCGCGCCGCGCCCGCGACAGAUCGCGCGCCCCGCUUCCGUGCCACCUCCGCCGCCGCCGCCAGAAGACCACAAGAAGAAGGCCACCACAAAGAAAACUAAAAAGAAGUCGUCCGCGUCAGCCGAUGAACUGUACGCGGGGCCAGCGCCGGUGAUGAAUGGGCGAUCAUUGGGUCGCGCGCCGCCCGCGUGGGCGGGGGGUCACCCGUUGGUGCUGAUGGCACACCCGGCGGCGACUCUGCCUCACGCGCGGCCUGCUACCAUGGGGCACCGAGGGCGCGUGCCGGCCGCGUUAGCACCGGGACCGUUCCCAGGUGCGGCGGCAGGCCGGGGCCGUAUCCAGUACGCGACGGUGGACCCGCGCCGUUCGAAGCCGCCGCCGCCACCCGCGCUGAAGGCCGCGCAGAGCAUGACUGGCCUGGAGGCGGUGGAGGACGCCGGCGGUAUCUACAGGAAGAAGGGCCACCUCAAUGAGCGCGCCUUCUCCUACAGCAUCAGACAGGAGCACCGGAGUCGUUCGCACGGAUCUCUCGCCAACUUAAAGUUCGCGGCUCCACCCGAGGUGGAGUCAGGUCGUGAGGAACUGAAGAAGGAGCGAGAGAUCAUGCAGCUGGUGGCUGGUUUGCAGCUGGGAACAGACGAGGUGGAGAGACGGGAGGUCCCUCCACAUCUUAUGAGAACGAGGCACGCGCCUAGAUAACACUAAGCCACACCUUCAGCGUCUGUCAGCUGUGCACGGGGCUGCGUGUGCGCAUCCGACCGGAAACAACUCUCAAUUUACCUCCAUUCGAGCUCGAAUUACGAACACGACCAAAUAACGUGCACUUAUGAACUCUAUUGCAAUGUACUUAAGGUCUAAAACGACUUCGCCUGCAUAUAACGUUUAAAUCGAGUUAUGCCGAUUUGUCACGAACGUCGUCGGAAUUGUUUUACAGUUAAUACACACCCUAUAUAACUCAAUUUUGUUUGUGUGCUACAUUCAUAGAUGGUAUAUGAUUGUAUCAAAAAUUUGUAAAUUUUGAUAUUAUUUGAACACAAGUAAUGUUAGCUGUAAAUCUGUUAUCAAAUAAUUAUUGUGAAAGAUAAUAUAGAAUUUGCAUGUGCUGUAGGACACAGUAAUAUUUCAGUAUUGAGUUUUUUUUUCUACUAAAAGUCGAAGGAAUUUAUAAUCAUAGUAAAGGUAAAAAGAUGAAAUAUUGAAAUCUCACUUGAGUCUAAAAAAUAAUAUAUUGAUAUAUUGUAGAUACGUUUAAAAUAGUAUAAUAUGUACUGGUAAAAAUACAUAGGUGUUUCGGAAUAACAUUACUUUACGAAUUGAAGUCAAUUAACUACGAAAUUUAUUGAGACAUUGGCAUAAAGGUUAGUAAUUAAGUAAUAUUUAAUCAUUCUUGUUCAAAUCGUUACGAAUUGAUUUAUUAUUUCAUUGCGAGUUUGUGCUAACAUUGAAUAAAAGAGUUACUUAUAAUUUUUCUUUUAUAAAUUCUUGGAUCUUUGACAUUUGCAUUCCGUUACGCGAAUAGUUUUUCAUUAAAAAGGAUUUGCAUGUGCAAAUCCUUUUUAAUGAAAAACUAUUUUAAAAACUAUUGUCUAUGUAGACAAUUCUUCUAUAAUCGGUUCCAAAUGAGUUUGUUUGUGUUCGAAUUUUGAAAUGACCAAAUAACGGCAUGGGUAGGCCGCGAGGAGAUCGUCAUUCGAAAUGUUUUUUUCAUAAACGUAUUGUAACAAACAUCGAAAAAUAUUUAAUAGAAAUAUAUAAUUACUCUAAGUAACUAUAGAAUGCAAACAUUGUUGUAAUUUUAUCAGUAAUUUUAAGUACAUAGUCAAAGCACAUUGAGGAGAUAUAUUUUUGCUAAAACAUUAUAUUGUGUAGCUGUAAGCACUAUUUAGUCAUUUA